AUGGAGAUUACGGUCAAGCGCUUUGCCGCUAUUCUGCCGAUGGUCCGGGUCGGUGCGGGGCUGAUAACGGUAACAGUUUGCCUACUCACACUACCCCGCAACGGUGUGGAACGAAAGAUUACGUGCCGGCCAACAACACCACCAGAGAGCCUGGGCCGCCUUAUCCACGACGUUACGGGGCUCAUCGACAAGCCUGAGCUUAACAGUGAGAAGCGAAACAAGCUUGAGAGUAAGACUCAGCCUGAUAGCGCUUCGCUCGAUAGCACCUGGGGAAGGCACUGGAUCUUACAAGACGUGCGCGCUGGACAGGCGAACCCGGCGCUCAAGGGUAUUAGAGGUAUGCGACGUAUUCUAGUCGAUGACGACGGGCCUUUGAGAAGCGCAGUCGACCGUGACGUUAUCCUCAAGACACUCAGGCCUGGCCGUCCACGCCCGUGCCCACACCUGUCGGCCAAGAUCACCAAACAAGUCGACGAUCAGCUGGAGGCUGAUCAAUCAGAGACUUUCAAUGAUUCACAAGAUCGGGUACUGUCAUCAUUGUUGAGUCGCCGGUCUGUUACAACGGAGGAUCUUACUACUCUCAACGCUACGGCCCAUUCCACCACGGCCCAGUCACCUCUCAACACACAAUCCGAGACUGGCCACCAUACGAUUGAACUUGACACCGGUCACCCCUCUUUCUUGGGCGAUCUGGAAGAUGCACUCAGUGACACUACACGAGGAUACCUCAACGGACUGCGAACCAUACGUGAUAAUAUUAUCAUCGGCGCUGAGAAUACGGCGCGCGACGUUACCACAGCGAAACAGCAUGAGACUGACGCAGAGGUACAAGCCAAUGCAGGACGUGAGCGAGAUGAGGAACUGGAACGAAUGGCGAGUCGCUUAAAUCGUGCGAGGCAACCGCUGAUAGCGCUUCAAAAAGCACACCGUAAGCAUGACCUGGCGAUAGAGAUGGUGGAGGGUGAGGUACCAAGGUGA